UGGCCGCGUGAAUCUUUAAGCGAUGAGUCAAGAGUUGAGUUUCGCGUAAUAUUUAGGUGUUUUAACACUUCGCCGUAAUGAUUUGGGUACUUGUUACCAUGUGUUUACUACAUGGCGCAGCUUGUUUCCACACUUUUUUCCCCAACGAACGCACUACACUGGAUGACUGCAGUUCACGUUACUACCGCGUUGAGGGGAUCUCCCAGGUGGCGCCAGCUUUCGGACAGCCUACCCGGAUCCGGGAGUUCCCGCACAUGGCGGCCAUCGGUUGGACCAAUCCGGACGGCCGCGGUGGCGUCCAGUGGCGCUGUGGCGGGUCGCUGGUUUGGGACAACUUUGUCCUGACGGCGGCCCAUUGCGUGCUGGAUUCGUCCAGUGAUGCUCCGGACGUCGUUCGGCUCGGGGACAUUGAUUUGUACAGUUCGGCCGAUGACGAGUGGGCGCAGCAGUUUCGGAUUGUGAAGAUUGUAAGACAUCCGGAGCACCGGUUCACGGCCAACUAUCACGACAUUGCACUGCUAAAGCUGGACCGGAAUGUGGUGCAGCAGGACGGCACGGUGAUACCGGCGUGUCUGUGGACGGAUGAUGAAGUCCGGUUCAAGAAACUGGUGGCUACCGGGUGGGGUCGAACGGGGGUAGGUUCCGAAUACACGCCCAAGCUGCUGCAGGUGUCGUUGAGUCCGAUUUCGAACGAAGAAUGCAGCGUGUAUUAUCCCACGGAUCGUAAACUCAAGCAAGGUCUGCGGGUUCAACACCUGUGUGCACGGGAUGAGCAAAUGGACACCUGCGAGGGGGACUCCGGUGGUCCGCUGCAGAUCAAGCUGAUGCACAACGGCCGGAUGACUCCGUUUAUUGUUGGCGUAACUUCGUUUGGAUCGGCUUGCGGCAUUUCAAAUCCCGGAGUUUACACGAGAGUAUCUGCGUACUUCAGGUGGAUAGUUGACACCAUGCGGGAGCAUGGAGCAGUCGGACUAGAAACAAACUAUAACGAGACGUUGUGUGCUCUGCGAUACGUAACGUAUCGGGAGUACGACAAGAAAGUAGCUCAGAAAUACAACGAGACCUUUACCACUGGCGCUUCUACUGGUCGUAGAAUUUACGAAGCCGAAGUUCCAGAGCAGCUAGCGACGGUUCGGUGGAACGGGCAUGGACCGGACUGUUUUGGUGUGAUUGUAGAUGAAGACACGGUGCUGACUGUGGCGGAUUGCACGGAUUAUAAAGGAAAAUCACCCAGCUUUGUCAACUAUCUGAACAACAAAGUCAUGCCCAUUUCAAAGAUUGUGGUACAUCCCGAUCACAUGCGAGGUUCCGCGUACAACAACAUUGCCAUUUUGAAGUUGAGCAAUCUGCUGGAUCUACCUGAGCAUUUUGUGCCCUCCUGUAUCACGCACAGUUACGAAGACUACGCCAUCAACGGGUACGGCAAGGGAAGGCGCGACAUCAACAAACUGGUAUUUUAUGGCAAUAACCACACAAUAGACCCACACCAGACAAACCAUCUUAUCCGGUUUGAAAGCUUAGAUCCGAGCGAUUGUACAGUUCCGGAACGCUUCACCCCUCGGCUACAGCAGGGACUUGCCAGCGAACAUUUGUGCUUGGGUCAAGACGUCUUUCUGGUUCCGGGCUCGUGCGAGCAGCUUACCGGUAGCAUGAUUGGCAGAUCUGCUGUGUUCUACUAUUUCACCAAAGCGUUGAGUUUGCUGAGUCGAGAUUGUGGCUUCGGAGAGCAUCUGAUCAGUACCCGGCUGUACAGCCACGUAGAGUGGAUGAAGACGGUGCUGCUGCCUAGCUAUCGGGACUCCAGUGCGGUACACUAUGUCGAUCCCGAUCUACGCGAAGGAAGCAGUUGCACCCUGGGCAGUGGGGCUACGGGACUUUGUGUUCCUGUAGAUAAAUGUGGACACCAACUGAAGCAGGCUCGAGGACAAGUCACCUUCUGUUCGAGUGGAGCGGUCAUUUGCUGUUCAACUGAACACAGUGAAGUGACCAGCAGUCGAUUGCAUCCGGAUGUUAUUAACUGUCCUGAGCUGGUUGGAAAACUAGCAGGAGCAAAUUCCCACGGAUCAUUGGUAAAAAUCCGAUGGAUCUCCAACAACUACACCAAUUUCCGCUGUCUGGGAUCGGUUAUCAGCCGGUCAUUCGUCCUCACUACGGCUAGCUGUUUGAAGGAAACCCAACCCAACGUCGUUGAACUCAUGGAAUCCGGAGUUCGAAACAACGUUGACAGCGUUUUAGCACAUCCUGGUUUCAACGCGACCGAUCGAACCAACGACAUAGCGCUCAUCAAGUUGAAGACUCAAUUGAGUUGGAGUUCGACCAUCUACCCGAUCUGUCUAUGGACGAACACAACCCACACCCCGAUGAAGCUGGACAUCAACUAUCAAACAACUUACGACGAAAAAAGUGUCGUUGAUUAUGCACUGAAAACGUACGUCUCCACGGCGAAGAAGCUGCACCCGAUGUACAACUCGGACUGCCAGCUGGCCCAUCGGACCACGCUCAGGAGUUCCCAGCUGUGCACCAGAAGUCCCUACCAUAGUGCGGUUUGUGUAGCGCCAGCUGAUCAGCUGAUUUGGGCGGACAAGGAUCGCAGCAGCAGCGUGAUGUACCUGGUCGGAAUGGCCACGAGGGCAUGCGGACCGCCGGUCAAGUGGAAGUACAACGUGUUUACCAGGAUAUCCGCGUUUGCCCAGUGGAUCAGCGAGAAUGCGUUUGGCGUCUGAAUGGCAGAUUCAAAUUUAAUAACGAAUAUCUUUUCCAAUCAUCUGUUUCUUUAUUCGGUUGAAUCUGCAUGUUCAAGGACUGAGUGUGAAAUACAUUUUGCCGGCUAAGGCGCAGACCUCUCCGUGUGUGACGUUUGGCCCGCCGUUCAAAUA